AUGGCAGCCCAGUUCGAUGACUUGCAGGCGACGUGGUCGGAGGUGCAGAAGACGGUCGUGGAGCCGCUUCUCGCGCAGGACGCGGCCCAGCUUCUGCACUGGGCGUCAGUGCGGGAGGGCUUCGCGUGGCUCGUGCUCCUCGCGCCGGACCUGUGGAUGGACGUCGCCUGGACCGCGGCCGUGUGCCACGACCGCCGCCGCGCCUUCGUCUACCACUCCUUCAUCUAUGCACUCGCCACCUGCCUUCUGUUCUCCUACGCUGGAGGAGUGACCAUGCACAUCGCCAUCGGCGAGGCACCGCCCGUUCUCCGCUCCAACGUUGCACUACUCGCCUCGGCUGCGACCUGGUUUGUGAUGUUCUUCACGCCACUGCGCCACCUCUACAACUUCUUCCCGGUCAAGACCUAA